AUGUCGUCCGCAGACAAGUCGAGGCAGUCCUCGGGCGGCCGCUCCAUCUUCUCUAGGAGCAAGAACAAGGACCGGCGGACGACCGAUACCGACCACCUCGAUGUCGCCAGCACCAUGAGCUCGCGCAUCUCGCGCCACAAACGAGAGUCUUCGACCGUCUCCAUCGAUGCGCCCGCGUCCCCUGACCCGGGAAUCAACAUGACGGCGGGCGUGGUCACGUCGAUACCCUACGAGAGCGUCCCGGCCGGUCCGCGGUCCCCGAUCCCCGUCGAAUACCUCCCGAAACCAGACCAGCUACCCGUGCGCCGCGAUCCCUUACCGCAUCACCUCAACAAAGCCGGCGGAGAUUUCCACCAGUACCCAAACUUUGACCCGUCGAGCCUCCAUCCCGGCUCCCAUGUCCCUACGCGACCCCACACCAGCGCCUCGAAUAUUACCAUGGCCUCGACCGGCCGUCAGGCGCAGUUCCAGCAAUGGGGCCCUCCUCGUGGCAGCGUCGCCAGCACCGUCAACGGUUCCCGUUACGAUUCCUAUAUGGCUCCCAAUGGCCGAGCUUCAGGUGACAACCUUAGCAUAUACUCAGGUAAUCCGGCCUACCGUGAGGUUGGGGGAACGACACGCUCAUCGCAAGCAGCUCUUCCUACGGCAUCGUCACAGAGCUCCUACGGCUCCCAGACAUCACACCGAGAUUCGCAUCGCCUGACCAAGCUGCCUGGAGGCGGUGGGCACGACGGCUUCUACUUUCCGAAACCCGACGACGACCAUGUUGUCGAACAGAUGUUCCUGCAGCUGAUGCAGAAGCGAGGAUGGCACAACCUCCCCGAGCAGGCGAGAAGGCAGAUGAUGGCCUACCCACCGCAAAAGAAGUGGACGCUGCUGCACCAAGACCGCUUGACAGAGUGGCAGGGUGAGCAAAAGCGCAGGCAGACUGCCCGAACGAAUCAGUACACGACGCCAGACGUCACCACUUACUCCGACGAAGAGGGCGCGCCCGAAUGGUACGUGCGGAAGGUCAUGGAGGACAGGCUCGACUCGAAGGGCAUGGGGAGUCUCGAGGUCAACCUCCGCACUCAACAGAUCGGCUGGGUCAAGCGGUUCGUCGAGUGCCAGGGGCAAGUUGCGCUGGUGACUCUGCUGCUCAAGCUCAACCGCAAGACAGCAGUCGGCCCCGCCCCCGACAACAACAAGGCCGAAAGGAACCUCGACCGCGAAUAUGACAUCGUCAAGUGUCUCAAGGCGCUGAUGAACAACAAAUUCGGCGCCGACGAUGCGCUCAUGCAGUCCAAGGUCCUGCUCGCCCUGGCCACGUCGCUCACGUCUUCGCGCAUCACUACGAGGAAGCUCGUCAGUGAAAUCCUGACCUUCUUGUGUACCUGGGGCGAGAACGGCGAAGGGCAUCUGAAGGUGAUUCAGGCUCUCGACGAGGUCAAGGCGCAGUCCGGAGAGAAUGGCAGAUUCGAUUCUUGGAUGCGACUGGUCGAAGUGACGGUCGACGGGCGAGGCAAGAUGGGCAGCCUCGUCGGUGCCAGCGAAGAGCUUCGCACGGGUGGCAUAGGCAUGGAGAACCUGCUCAUGGAAUACGCCGUUGCGACGUUGAUGCUCAUCAGUAUGAUCGUCGACUCCCCCGAGCGCGACCUCCAGCUCAGAGUGCACAUCCGGGCCCAGUUCACGGCUUGCGGCAUCAAGCGGAUCUUGACCAAGAUGGAGGGCUUCCAGUAUGACUUGCUUGACAAGCAGAUCGAGCGCUACCGGACGAACGAAGCGAUCGACUACGAGGACAUGCUCGAAAGAGAAAACAGCAGCAUCAAGGACAAUGUCGAGGGGGAGAUGAAGGACCUUACGGACCCUGUCCAAAUCGCCGAUGCCAUUCAGUCGCGCAUACAAGGAAGCAAGGCUCAGGAUUACUUCGUCUCGGCGCUGCAGCACCUCAUGCUCAUUCGCGCUAACGACGGCGAGGAGCGGCUGCGCAUGUUCCAGCUCGUUGAUUCCAUGCUCAGCUACGUAGCCAUGGAUCGGCGCCUGCCGAACAUGGACCUGAAGCAGAGCCUCAACUUUACCGUACAGAGCCUUCUCGACAAGUUGCAUACGGACUCGGAGGCCAGACAAGCGCAAGAUGAAGCCUUGGAGUCGCGUCAGAUCGCAGACGCCGCUAUGGCGGAACGCGACGAGAUGCGCGCUAGGCUAGAACUUGGUGCGGAUGGCCUGGUGGCCAAGAUGCAGAAACAGCUAGACGAGCAAUCACGCUUCAUCGAGGCGCAAAGGCGGCAAGCGGACGGUUUGAAGGCUGAGCUGGAGAACCUGCAAGCUAUGAGAGCAAAGGAAGCUCAGAGGAACGAGUUGGAGACGCGUGAGCUCUACCUGAUGCUCCGCGACGCCCAAGACAUUGCUGCAUCCAACGCACUCAAGGGCAGCAAGAAGACCGAAACCGGCGCCAAGGACGCCUCGCAGAUGCAAGGCAUCCUCGACCGCGAGCAACUCAUGGAUCGCCUCCAGAGGCAGCUUGAGAGACAAAAGACGCAGUACAAGCUGGAGGGGAGAGUUUGGGGCGAGGCGAACGGUCCUUCGGAUCGCCUGCGCGCCCUGCGGGAAGAGAUGGAGGGCGACGGUCCCCAGACACCCGUGGGCGGCGGCACGCCGCCCCGAGACUUUACCAACAGCGUGCUUGGCAGCAUAAACCGACAGACCAAGAUCUCGCGCAAGCCCGUCAACGCGCCUAAGGACGACGACGAUGUCAUCGAAGAAGGCGACGAGACCGAGGGCGAUGAUGGAGUCAUCUACGAGCGGCCCAGGAUCGUUGAGAUGAAGCGUCCCAUCAUUGAUCCUAAGCAGCAGGCCGGCCUCUUGGACGAAAUAGGCGCCAAGGUCAAGAAGUACGAAGGAUCCGACUCGGAGGACGGAGACGGUGUCACGACCGGGCCGACACACCCCAGCAUCGAGUCCUCCACGCCUCUCACGCCUUCGGACGGCGACACCCCGAAGAUCGAGGCCAGCGAGCCGGCCGGUGCCGCAGCGCCGCCGCCGCCGCCUCCACCUCCUCCUCCGCCUCCCAUGCCGGGCCAGGUCCCUGGUGCUCCUCCUCCUCCACCGCCACCUCCGCCACCGCCGAUGCCCGGUAUGAUGCCGGGAGCUCCUCCGCCGCCGCCUCCGCCGCCUCCGAUGCCCGGCUCUGCAGCUAUGCCUCCACCACCUCCGCCGUUGCCAGGGCCAAUGUCUGGAGGUUUCUUGCCUCAAAAGCCAGCCUUUGCCGCCUCGCCAGGCAUUGGCCUGCCAGUUGUGAGGCCCAAGAAGAAGCUCAAGGCGCUCCACUGGGACAAGGUCGAUACCCCUGAAUCCAGCCACUGGGCUGCGCACGCUCCUACAGCGGAGGAAAGGGAAGAAAAGUACAACGAGCUCACGAAAAAGGGAAUCUUGGACGAGGUCGAGAAGCUGUUUAUGGCCAAGGAGAUCAAGCAGCUUGGCGGCGGCGCUUCCAAGAAGGGCGACAAGAAACAAAUCAUCUCUGCAGAUUUGCGAAAGGCAUACGAAAUCGCCCUUGCCAAGUUCUCGCAGCACUCGGUGGAAAAGAUCGUGCAGAUGAUUAUUCACUGCGACAAGGACGUGUUGGACAACCAAGUUGUCAUGGACUUUUUGCAAAAGGAUGAUUUGUGCCACAUCCCCGACAAUACCGCCAAGCAGAUGGCCCCGUACAGUCGAGAUCUGACCGGGCCGGACGCAAACAGUCAGACGAGGGAGCAGGACCCGUCGGAGUUGACUCGCCAGGACCAGAUCUACUUGUACACUGCGUUUGAACUUCAUCACUACUGGAAGAGCAGGAUGAGGGCUUUGGCACUGACGCGCAGCUUCGAGUCGGACUAUGAUGAGCUCAACGAGCGCAUCCGCCAAGUCGUCACCGUCUCCGAGAGCCUCAGAGACUCUGUGUCGCUCAUGAACGUCUUGGGUCUUAUCCUGGAUAUCGGCAACUACAUGAACGACGCCAACAAGCAGGCUCGCGGCUUUAAGCUCAGCUCCCUGGCUCGGCUGGGCAUGGUGAAGGACGACAAGAACGAGUCAACACUGGCCGACCUCGUGGAGCGUAUUGUGCGAAACCAGUAUCCCGAAUGGGAAGGCUUCGUCGGCGACAUCGGUGGUGUCUUGGCUGCGCAAAAGGUCAACGUCGAGCAGCUGAACACGGACGCGAAGAAGUAUGUCGACAACAUUCGCAAUGUGCAAAUGUCCCUGGACUCUGGCAACCUGAGCGACCCGAAGAAGUUUCACCCUCAGGAUCGCGUGAGCCAGGUGGUCCAGAGAUGCAUGAAGGAUGCCCGCAGGAAGGCGGAGCAGAUGGAGCUCUACCUGGACGAGAUGAUGAAGACGUACAAGGACAUCAUGGUAUUCUACGGCGAAGACCCGACCGACGAGAACGCCAGGAGGGAUUUCUUCCACAAGCUGGCGACCUUCCUGAGCGAGUGGAAGAAGUCACGGGAGAAGAACCUGCAGUUGGAAGAGACGAGGAGACGCAACGAGGCGUCCAUGAAGCGCAAACACGCCCAGCAAAAGGCUGUCUCGGCACUCGCAGACAACGGCGCGAGCUCCCAAACGAGCACGGGUGCCAUGGACUCGCUUCUGGAGAAGCUGCGGGCCGCCGCGCCUCAGGCUCGGGACCAGAGAGACCGUCGCCGCCGCGCAAGGCUCAAGGACAGGCACCAAGUUCGCGUCGCGUCCGGCCAAAAGAUACCCGACCUCAACGAGAUUCCGGAGGUAGAGGCUGGACUGCACAAGGAGGAAACGAUCAGCGAAGAAGGCAACCCCCUCAGCCCUGGGCUCACGUCGCCUCACGACGGCGAGGACGACGUGGCAGACAGGGCGGCGGCGCUUCUGCAAGGCAUGCGUGGGGGCGAGGGGGCUGAUGGGGACGACCCCGACAAGAGGGAGAGCUUGCGAAAGGCCAGGAGACAGACAGCGGAGGAGGAGCGACGCCUGCGCAGGAGGCGGAGAGAAAAGGCUGCGGCUAGCCAAGGGGACGACAGCACAUUGGGUGGCGACGACACCCCGAUGCAGGGCACCGAUGGCGCUCCCGCAGAGGAAGACAAUACCAAGGCGAGUGAGGAGAUGGAGGGUGUCGAGAGUAAGGACGCCAACGAAGGUGACGCCGAGGAGCGGCCGGAGGAGAAGGACGAGAGAGCUAGCAUCACCACGGACUCGAAUGCAUAG